AUGCAACAUCAUUGGGUUAGUGAUCACGAAACGACCGAAAAACACGAACAGUCGCCUUUUAUGUAUCCACCCUGUUCCCAAACUUUAGCUCAUCUUCAAUGGUGGAAGGCACAAAAGAAAAAAAAAUUACAAGAACGUCGCAAAAGAAUCUUUAAAGAUCAACAAAAUCAUAAAAUUUUACAAUUUUCUGAUAUUCUGCAAAAAUUACAUAUAAACGUUGAGAUAAACAAAAAGAAAUAUCCGGACAAAACAAUUGCCAUGACGGAUGUAGAUCCGCAAUAUUUUACAGAAUUAUCCGGCAGACCCGUGCAAGAAAAGUUUUUAUCGAAACCAUACAUUCAAAAUAUACGAGAGAUACUGAAAAUGAAAUAUCUUAUUGGUCAAGAAAAGGACGAUUAUAUUCGCAUCGAUCAACAAUUCGAGGAAGAAUCCCGUCGACUGCAAAAGAUUCAGUAUUAUAGUGAACGAUACAUAAGUGGCUUUGAAAAACUCCUAUCAAAAGAUCACGAAAAAAGUAUGAAUAUGCUAAAACAAGCAGAUCAGGAAGUGAAGCUGACAGAAGUAAUCAGCACUCAAAGUAAUGAACUUUCGAAACAAUUCGGUCAACGCAGACUGGAUGUUUAUUUUUGGGAAGAAAAUUGGAGAAUAGUAAAAAUGUGUCAAAUUUUUCUUUAUUGGAUAUCACCUAUCUCUUGGAAAAUCAAACAUGACUGGCUUUCCCAGUUUGAUUCAGCAAGAAGCAUUGUUUCCAUUGACGCUACGAACUUAUUUGAGAAAUACAAAACACCACCUGAAGACGCCUCAUUGGAAGAAUUAAUAGAACUAUUCGAACAGGAUGUUUCUGAUGCUGGGUCUCCCGAGCUUUAUUUCGAGGAUCCUUACGAUUUAAUCCGUAUUUUUCGUGCGAUGGAAACGCAAAAUCUAAACGCUCUUACUCAUCUGGAAUCGCUCGCUGCACCAAUGGCAGACAUGACGAUGACUAUCACUGCAACAGAAAUCCAAAUUAAGCAGGAGAUCGAUGAGAUUACUUCAACUAUCAAUGAUUUAGAAAGUUCCAUUCACAAAACGGAGGAUAGAGCUGCAAAGCUCGAAGAACAUGCCAAUUACCUUCUCCGAAAUGUUUUUCGACGACUCGUCUGCUCUGAAGAAGUGCUCUAUCUUCGUGUUUUUGUGGAGGAUACUUAUGAGAGUUGCGUGGGUCCGAACGAUGCAAAUCUUGAUAGUUUUUCAAUGAUGAAAUGGAUCGAAAAAAUCCACGAAGACCUUAAUCAUCAGUUGGAUAAUUUACCUCGUGAAGUUGUCCGCGCUUGCGAAAAGGAAGGAUUUAGACAAGAAACAAAAGCUAUAAAGGAAGCGGAAAAUGCUGCGAAAAAGUUUCAGCUAAUGCACCGGCUAUUAGAUGCGUUGAAACGCAUCAUGGAACCGCCUACAAAAAAGAAACGACCAUUAAGUCGACGUUCAGUACCUCUCACGGUAAAGACGAAGCCGCCAUCACUUCCGCCGAAAGCAACGGAUGAAGAAAUCCAAAAUCUUGAAUUUUUCACUAAUUAUUGCAAGCAACGUAAUAAUUUUGUUACAUAUCGUUCUAAACUUCCAGAUGAUUUCGAUUUGACGUUCUAGAGCAAAUAUAGCAAUAUCAAAAUAAAUGUAAUGAGUUCAAUACAUACUUUUGAAUCAAGAGCACAUGCAGAAAAAAAGAAAAAAUUAAAAUCUUACAUUAAAUUUAGAGGCCGACUAAGCGUUAUUCGUUUAUGCCGAAGA